AUGGACGCCGUGAUUUUCAACGGACCCUGGAAAAUUGACGUGGAGAAGCGUCCGAAACCGACUCUUUCAGAUCCCACGGAUGCUAUCGUAAAGGUCACCUUCGCUGGCAUCUGUGGUUCAGAAUUGCACAUGUAUCGGGGCCAUCAGAAGACGGCAACCGGGCAUAUCAUGGGGCACGAAUUUGUGGGAUAUAUCGAGGAGAUAGGAUCCGAAGUAUACAAUUUCAAAGUCGGUCAGAAAGUCGUCUGCACAUUCUCUCCGGUCUGUAUGUCAUGUUGGUUCUGUCAACAUGGCUAUAGCAAUCGAUGUCCUAAAGGUCUGGCGCCGUUUGGUACGCAAGGUUUGGCUGGCGGUCAGGCAGAGUACGUUAGAGUGCCGUUCGCAGACGGUACCUUGAAGUCGGCGCCUGAUAAUCUCGACGACGAGCUCUUAAUCAUGAUGUGUGAUAUUUUCCCCACGGGAUACUACGGCGCCAUGAGAGCUAUUGAAUGUUUCCGCUCGCCAGAUCAAACGAACGACGCGAUCUUCGUGUGUCUGGGAUGCGGCCCCGUAGGUCUCUGUGCGAUCUUGACCGCACGCUCCAAGGGAGUGCGAACAAUCUACGCAGUGGACAGCGUUGAUGAUCGUCUCGACCAGGCCGCGAAACUGGGAGGUAUCCCGCUCAAUCUUGGACGAGACGACAUCCAGGCGACCGUGAUGGAUGCGACACAUGGUCGUGGUGCCGACGCUGUCGUUGAAGUGGUUGGCAACAACACGGCUUUGAGAUCAGCGUUUGAUCUCCUCCGACCCUGCGGUGUGCUGUCAUCUAUUGGCUUUCACCAGGGUGACCUCCCAUUUACAGCUCUCGAGAGUUAUCAGAAGAAUCUGAAUAUUAACCUCGGGCGUGCUCCUGUAAGAACCGUGUUUGAUGAGGCGCUGGAAGUUGUCAUAGCGAACAGGGAAAAGCUUGCCAGCAUGGUCACACAUUGCCUUCCAUUGGCAGAGGCCGCUCAUGGCUAUGAGAUCUUUGAGAAACAGCUUGCUCGGAAAGUCAUUUUGGAGCCGUGA